AUGCCCACCGCCGUGCCGCCCACCUCCGCCGCCCACCACCAGCCUGCUGCCCCCGCCACCCCCUACCACCGUCGCUCCGCUGGCCCUGCUGGCCCCGCCGUCCCCGCCGUCCCCGCCUCCCCCACCGAAGCUCGUGGGCCCACUCGGGUCCAGCUGGAGCGGUCUCGAAUUGCCGACGCCCUGGAGGACGCGGGCGUGAGCGUCCCCGAGGGGGUCCUCCCCCCCUCGAGGGACCUCACGCCCGCACAGCGCCUUCGUAAGAAGGAGCUGAGGGAGGAGUUGGCCAACUUGAAGUCCCUGGAGAGGCAGCAUAAGCAAGUGCUCCAGGAGAAGGAGGAGAAAUGGGCCAUGCAACGAAAAGUUCUCGUAGAUAUGAUUAAAAUACACGACGAGAAGAUGGCGGUGGAUGUAGCGCCGGUGAAAAAACUUGUUACUGAUGUUGAUAUCAGUAUUAAAAAGGCUGUUGAAGAGCUUGAAGGAUUGGUCUAA